AUGUGUCUCAGGCGUCACGAAGAAUGCCCCCUAGGAUCCCCCCUCCAGGGGUGGGGUCCCUGUACCCACAGCCCGGCAGGAUCUGGGGAGGCUGGAUCUCCGUCCUGCGUCCUGCGUAGUUCUGGCCCAGCCCCUUGUGGCUGAGGGAGGGGUAAGGCCGAAGGAGGGAAGUCACUGCACCUGGAAGUGGUAGUGUCGGGGUUGAGGCUAGAACCCAGGCUUGGGGACCACGAUGCAGCCCUGACCUGUGUACACCUUGCUGCCCCCCGGGCCGCCUCAGGUGAGCGCAGGUGCCCAGGGGCAGGCCGCGUGGGCUGGGGGCCCCGCCCUGACCCCCACCCCUGAGGCGGGCUUCUCUGGGCCGCUUGGGGCAGAGCAGGCAGGCAGAGCGGGCAGAGCGGGGAAGCCCCCGGGCUGGCGCAUGCCUGUCGCCUGCUGUCGGAGGGCCCAGCAAGGUGCCAAGAGCCAUGGAGUUGCGGCUGGGGGGCUACAUGGCAGUGGUGGCUGCGGUCCUACUCCUUGUGCUGCCGGGCGCCCGGGGCCAGCACAGCACUCCCGGUCCUCCGUUUGACUGUGCCUACAACGUCCAGAAGAGGAACGGUCUGUUCUGUUGCAAGGGUUGUCCAGCAGGGCACUACCUGAAGGCCCCCUGCCCCAAGCCUUGCGGAACCGCCACCUGCCUUCCGUGCCCACGGGGCACCUUCCUGGCCAGGGAGAACCACCAUGAGACCCGCUGUACCCGCUGCCAGGCCUGUGAUGAGGAGGUCUCCCAGGUGGCCGUGACAAACUGCUCAACAGUGGCGGACACCCACUGUGGCUGUGAGCCAGGCCGGUUCCCGGAGUGCUUGGUCAAGCCCUGCAAGGUCGGCUCGCCCUUCCGCUGCCACCCAUGCUCAGACUGCAGGGCCCUGCACCGCCAUACACGGGUGCCCUGUUCUGCCAGAGAUGCGGACUGUGGGACCUGCCUGCCUGGCUUCUAUGAAUAUGGCAACAGCUGCACGCCCUGCCCCACGAGCACCCUCGGGAGCUGUCCUGAGCCCUGCGUGACUGUUUGUGGCUGGAGGCAGAGUACGUGGGUGCUGGGAAUUAGAGCAGGACUGCUGGGACAGGCCCGGGGAGACUGGGGGAGGCCGCAACCCCACUGCUCACCAGCUCUUCUCUCAGUGUUCUGGGUCCAGGUGCUCCUGGCUGGCCUGGUGGUCCCACUCCUGCUUGGUGCUAUGCUGACCUACACCUACCACCGCUGCCAGCCUUGCAAGCCCAGUGUUGCUAAUGAAGCUGGGAUGGAGGCCCUGACUCCCCUACAGGCCACCCACCUCUCACCCAGGGACAGCACCCACGCCCUCCUAGUGCCACUCGGCAGUAGUGAGAAGGUCCACACCGUCCAGCUGGUUGGCAACGGCUGGAGCCCUGGCUCCCCCCAGACCCAGGAGGCACCUUGCCCGCAGGUGGCAUGGUCCUGGGACCCGCUGCACGGUGGAGCUCCUGACCCGCCGCCACCGCUGCUGUCGCCGUCGCCGCCGCCGCCGCCGCCGCCCACGCCAGCGCCCCCUGCAGGCUCGGCGGGCGCCACGCUCCAGCCCGGCCCGCAGCUCUACGACGUGAUGGACGCGGUGCCUGCGCGGCGCUGGAAGGAGUUCGUGCGCACCCUAGGGCUGCGCGAGGCGGAGAUCGAGGCCGUGGAGGUGGAGGUCGGCCGCUUCCGCGACCAGCAGUACGAGAUGCUCAAGCGCUGGCGCCAGCAGCAGCCCGCGGGCUUGGGCGCCGUCUAUGCGGCGCUGGAGCGCAUGGGGCUGGACGGCUGCGCCGAGGACCUGCGCAGCCGCCUGCAGCGCGGUCCGUGACCCAGGGCGUGCCCCCCCAACCCUGCCGCCCCUGGCAGAGCCCUAAGUAUGGUUACUUAUGCGUGUAGACAUCUUAUGUCACUUAUGGAGCCCGGCCCCGCCCUGCGCCGGCCGCCCUCCCCGCCGCGCGCCCGGCUCCUGCCCGCGGCCGAGACGCACGGACCGGAGCGGCCGGCGGCGGCUCGCACUGUCCGCGCCCGAGCGCGGGAGGCCCCGCUAUUAAAUCUGUGAACACA